UGGCGAUCGAGAAAGUGUUUUCACUGUUCUUCCAUGUCUAUAUAAGAUGAGAUAUCCUUUCCUUCCUCUUUCUCAAUCUCACUCUUCAUCUCAACAUGCUAUACGAUAACCUCCUUUUGGCGCUCAAAAAGCGAAAAGAAAAAGGAAUCUUACGAGGCUUAAAGCGUUUUGCAACCUUGCAAGAUCCCUCCAACACUCCCAAAGAUGUUCCUACCUCUUCCUUGCCUCUGGUCGACUUCUCUUCCAAUGACUAUAUGGGUUUAGCCAGGAGUAAGGCACUAAAACAAGAUACCAUCAAAAGAAUGCAGGAUCACGGUAACAUGCUUGUUGGAAGCACAGGCAGUCGGCUAUUGGACGGCAAUUCAGAAGAACAUGAACAACUUGAACUUCGACUUGCACAACAUUUCAGUGCACAAUCAGCACUCUUGUUCAAUAGCGGAUAUGAUGCAAACACUUCUAUGCUAUCUGUCAUGCCACAGCCAAACGAUGUGAUUUUAUACGAUGAAUUGGUACACGCAAGUAUGCAUGACGGAAUGCGUUCUUCCCGCAUUCCAUCUUCUCGAAGAAUACCAUUCAAGCAUAACAAUCUGGACGACUUUACGCUUAAAUUGCAAGAUGCAUGGGAAAUUUGUCAAGCAAAGGAUGCAAACGUAAUUGUAGCGGUCGAAUCAGUCUAUUCUAUGGAUGGAGACAUCUGCCCUUUACCUCAGCUUAUCGCAAUUUUGAAUAAGCAUGUACCACAGAACAGCCGCUGCUUGAUCGUCGAUGAAGCGCAUGCAGUCGGUUUAUAUGGUCUCAAUGGAUCUGGAAUCUGCGAGGCUAUGGGCUUGCAAGAUUCUGUUGACGUCCGAUUGGCGACAUUCGGUAAAGCAUUUGGAUGUUCAGGUGCAGCUGCUUUAUGCUCUGACCUUAUUCGAUUAUAUCUAAUCAAUUAUGCAAGACCUUUGAUCUAUUCAACCGCUUUGCCGCAUCCUGCUCUGUUCACCAUUCAAGCCGCUUUGGACCUACUCAAUACGCCAGAUGGCACAUUACGAGCACAGCAUACAUUCUUUCUCACACAUCUCUUCAUCGAACGUCUUCAUGGUUUGAUGGGAAACGUCAGUGCUACUGGAGGAACAAAACAUGUGCAAUUGCCAAAGGAUAUUCAAAAGCGGCUGAAUUCCAGCCCAUCCUUUACGGAAAAACGAAAAGAGCAUCCUUUAAGUAUUCCGCAACCUCCAAUCGUACCAAUCCUGACGUCUCACGCGCAUGAUUUGGCCAAAUAUCUCGUUUCACAUGGCUAUCUCGUACGUCCGAUCGUUUAUCCAACCGUUCCUCGUGGAUCAGAAAGAGUUCGAAUUUGCAUUCAUGCGCAUAACACCCAAGAACAAGUGAUCGGCUUGACUGAAUGCGUUGCAAAGUGGAUCGAAGAUGGCAAAGUGAUCACGGGGGAUGGUUUCCGGGGUCAAGUAGAAAAGGCAAAGUUGUAAUUGUACCAUAUUCAAUCAUUUCCCUCAUUUGUAUCAUAAUCAUUUGUAAUUACAGUAUCAUAUCUCAAUUCAUUCAAUCGUC